AUGUCAUCAUUCAUCUGUAAAAUCACUGCAAUGGCCAUGAGAGAACUCUCGGAGCCUAGCAGAGAUCGAGACAAUGACAAAGAAGUUUGGGUCAAACACUACUCAUCAAACCAUCAGAUGCUUCUGGUCGGCGAAGGAGAUUUCUCAUUCUCGUGUAGCUUAGCCACUCGCUUCGGCUCUGCUUCCAAUAUUUGCGCUUCCUCUCUCGACUCAUACGACGAGGUAGUUAAAAAGUACAAGAAGGCAAAGUCAAACCUUCAGAUUUUGAAGCGACUUGGAGCAAUACUUUUACAUGGAGUUGAUGCGACCAAACUGCAACUACAUCCUGAUCUUAAUCGCAGAAGAUAUGACCGAGUCAUCUUCAACUUCCCGCACGCCGGUUUCCACGGCAAAGAGUCUGAUCCCUAUCUUAUACAGAAGCAUAGGAAACUAGUGUCUGGAUUUUUCCAUGGUGCAAGCCAUAUGCUAAGAGAUACUGGAGAGAUUCAUGUCUCUCACAAGAAUAAGGCACCUUUUUGUCACUGGAAUCUCGAGGAGCUCGCCAGGAGAUGCUCUCUUGUGUUGAUUCAACGUGUGGCUUUCGAGAAAAGGGACUAUCCUGGUAAUGAGAAUAAGAGAGGAGAUGGGUCCAGAUGUGACCAGCCUUUCCCUUUGGGAGACUGCAAUACUUUCAGGUUUCACGUGGCUAAGGAGCUUUAUACAGAGAAGGCGAAAUCGAGAGAAGCCAAGGAACGAGAAUCAAAGCAUCGUCGUCGUCAAGAACGAUUUCUUGAAUGCAGUCACCGCGUCAAUAGAGUCUCGUCUGAGAUUCAUAAUGGGGAACUGGGAAGAGUGUUACCACGGGCACGGACGAGCUCUCCCCACCGCCACACUGAAGAACCGCCACCAAAGAGACGCUGCCUGCUUUGUCAAGACUUCGAAGUUCAUCAAGCUUGCCAAGAACCAUUCCCCAAACGUUCUCACCGCGUUAAUGGGGUUUUCAUGGGAUUUAUAAAGUGCAAGGACGAAAAAUGCUAA